UCUCCCGUAUUCUCCCACACCCAACAUCAAUGCGUAUCUCCCAAAGAUUUCGCCAAAGAGACAAAUUUCACUGCCAAUUUUCCUCUCAAUAAAUUUAUUUCCAUUCAAUUUAAUUCGUUUAUUCUCUUGCAAAACAUAGAUUUUGACGGAAAACGAAGGGAUUCUUUCUUAGGUUCUUCAAGAAUUACCGGAUUUUUCUGCCAACUUUUCUCAGUCUCACAAUUGUAAGAACCGCUGAAUUUACAUUGCCCAAAAAGGAAAAAGAAAGAGAGCAACUCUGUAGAAUUUCUACCCUUCUUUUCUGUUUUUUAUAAAUCCCACUUUUGGGCUUGUAAUUUGGUUUGCAUUUCAAGAAUCAGGAUCGUUUCAAGCCAAAAUCUAUGUAGCUUCAAAACCCAGAUUGAAAUUCGGCAGAACUGUGGUUAACAGGAGGUGUUCGUCGUACCUUUUGAUCACGACUGGUAUUUCCUUUUUGGGUCAGCAAGAAAAAGAGAAUCUGAAGCUCCAAAUAUGGCGAGGAGAUCGAACGAUGGGGCCGCUGUAAUGCUGACGCCGGGGACCAGCGAGAGGAUCAAUGCGUUGUUUUCUCUACGUGUGUGGAGGAGUUUAUGGCUGUUAAUCAACGCAUGUUUCUUGAUUUUGCUGCUCCCGUUUCGCGGGAGGCGGAGAAGCGUGGUGGCGUCGGAGUUGGCGGAGAAAGGUGGUGGUGGGAAAGAAGAGAAGCCCUCGGCAGCACCUGCGAAGGUGGUGAGAGUUCCAGCGGCCAUGGCGCCGAGGAAGAGCGCGGUGGACAAGGAGGUGGCGGCGCGGCGGGCCUUGGCAGUGAAGAGGGUGGUGGAGGAUAAUGAUGGAGGAGAUAAUAACAAUACAGUGAGGGAGUUUUCUCUUUUUGUUUCUUCCAGAGGUGAUUCCAUUUUUACGCAAUCAUGGACCCCUGUUAAAGUUAAAGUCAGGGGAGUGGUUGUUCUCUUGCAUGGCCUGAAUGAACACAGCGGGAGAUAUAAUGAUUUCGCCAAGAAACUGAAUGCAAAUGGCAUCAAGGUUUAUGGAAUGGAUUGGAUCGGACAUGGUGGAAGUGAUGGGCUGCAUGCAUAUGUUCAUUCUCUUGAUUAUGCUGUUAACGACAUGAAAAUGUUUCUCGGCAAGGUUUUAGCUGAAAAUCCAGGAGUUCCCUGCUUUUGUUUCGGACAUUCAACUGGUGGAGCUAUAGUCUUGAAGGCAGCUCUUGAUCCAAAAGUGCGGCAAAGUGUAGCUGGAGUGGUGUUGACUUCACCUGCCGUUGGAGUUCAGCCAUCCCAUCCAAUUUUUGCUGUGCUCGCCCCAGUUUUCUCCUUCUUGUUGCCGAGAUUCCAAGUAAGCGCCGCAAACAAAAGGGGGUCUGUCGUCUCAAGAGAUCCAGAGGCACUGGUGGCGAAGUAUUCAGACCCAUUAGUGUUUACCGGAUCCAUAAGGGUAAGAACAGGCUACGAAAUUCUUCGAAUCACCACCUACUUGCAGCAGAACUUGACCCGGUUGACAACACCGUUUCUGGUCCUCCAUGGCACGGCUGAUUCCGUCACCGACCCCGAAGCCUCCCAGAAGCUCCACGAGGAGGCUUCCUCGACCGACAAGACGAUCAAGCUAUAUGAAGGACUGUUGCAUGAUCUGCUCUUUGAACCUGAAAAGGAAGAAGUCAUGGACAAUAUCAUUGCAUGGUUGAUCAGCAGACUGUGAAGGUUCAUAGAGGGUUUAAGUAGGCAAUGGAUCAGUUUGUCUUGAAAAUAAGAUGGUGCUUAUUUAAUUUGGGACAUGAUGCAGUUCAUGAAAAACUUGAGAUCAUCAAACUUUGUGGUAUGUGUAUGUUUUGGUUGCCGUUGGAUUUUUCUGCCACAUCUUCUACUCCAUUCAACAUAUACACACACCAUGUAUAUAAAAUAUUUUCCUAUAUAAAUACAUGAUGUUAUCUUUAUACACAUAGUGUGUGUAUGUUUAACGGAGUAGAAGAUGAGAUAGAGUUUGCAAUAGAAAAUCCGGUCCGAUUUUGGUUGGUGUAGGCAUUUUCAUCCAAUGUAUUUGUACCCACAUA